UACCACACUGAAAACUGGUUUGUCAGGCAGAGCUGAAUUCUGAACCCCUGGGCAGGGUUUUGGACCCAAAUCCUCAUUCGACAUUCACGAAUAUCUCUCUCUCUCUCUCUCUCUGAAAUUCCGCACCUUAAAAUGCAACAAUUUGCUAUCUUUAACUAAAAAAGAUGGCAUUUUGGUGUAGAAUAAACCGCUUCAAGCUCAAGCAUUACUCACAUCAGAUUCAAAGAUACUACCUUGGCAUCCCAAAUGGUGCUUCUCUCAAUUCAAAUGCUUCACACACUAACCCAUGUGUUGUGGACAAGCCAUAUUGGGUAAUUCACAGCGGAUCCACUUGUUUUUGCAACAAUGUUAGGUUUUUUGCUGCCCCAGUUCAGUCUAAGCUGAAGAAGGAAAAGGACACCAGCGGGCCACGUAUGAAUGGCGAAAUCACAGCCCCGUUUGUUAGGCUUGUGAUAGAGAAAGGGCAUGAACAAGUCUCAAGGCAUGAAGCCCUGGAACGUGCCAGGAAACUCAAGCUCGAUUUAGUGGAGGUUCAAAGAAAGGCUGAUCCACCUGUCUGUAAACUUAUGGACUACCACAAAGAAAAGUACAAAAAGCAGUUAAAGGGAAAAGACCGUGCUAAAAGCAAGUCUGAAGUGACUUUGCGAAAAGGAGACUGCAAAGAAGUUCGUUUUUCAUGGAAAACUGAAUUAAAGGACUUAAAGAUCAAAGCAGAUCAAAUCAUAAGAUUGAUGGAGCGUGGUUACCGGGUGAAGUGUAGGGCCCAGGGUAAAGAAGGUCAGGACUUGGGAGGAUUGCUAAAUCGUCUCUCUGCUUUGAUUGAAGAUGCAGCUCUUGUGGAAAGUGGACCAGCAGUGAAAGAAACAGAGGCACAUGUGAUAAUCAGGCAUGUCAAGUUUGGCCCAUCCAGGAAAGGUGGCGUAAAAAAACUGAAGGUCACUGCACCAGCAGCUGUCAAUUCUGUUGAUCCCCUUGAAGAACUGAGUUCUGCUGAAUCUGGCUUGGAAACUGAGGAAGAGAUCCUUAGUGAUGAAGAUGACCUGCCUAUAUUCUCUUCCAUUGAAAUUACAGAUAAAAAUCUUGAAAAGAAGAAGAAUGCCUGGUCAGUUGUUGAUUCUAGUGAUGAUUUUGAGAAAGUAUUCGAUUUUGGUGAUAAUGUGAAUGGGGUAGCUUCCGGGUCUACUGAUAAACAAUUGAAAACUGGACAAGAAACAGCCUCUCCUUCCUCAAAUGUUAAUGUUUCAGACUUUUCGCGCCCCUCACCGCUACCUGAUUCUAUAAGAGCAAAUCAAGUUCUAUCCUCACCACAAGGACCUUCCUUUGGUACUGAAAAUAGGCACAAAAGAACUGAGCCAAGGAAUCAAUUCUCACCAACAAAACCAAUUGAUAAUCCCCAGUUUCCAAAUCAAAGAAGGCAGCCUCCAGUAGAUAUGAAUUUCUCGCCUUCAGUGGCUGAAGGCAGGCAAGUUGGGACUGAUGCUUCUACAAGCAGAAACUUAAGGGUUCCUCCUAAUAACAUGCCCAAGCGAGAACAAAGUCCACCUGGUGCUCCCAGUGCCCCAUCACCUGGUUAUGGCAUUUUUAGUGCUCCAAAUGCUCCUGGGAGAGGUGUUGUAGCAGCAGAAGCUCAUAGGCAGAGUGAAGGAAACCCUCAUGAUUCCUCAAGGAAUCCUGGCGCAACAGGGGACAGCCAAAGGCCAGGCCUUGACAAGGGUGGGGCAAAGGCAUGGGGAAUAUUUAGUCGAGAUAACCCAAAUGUGGUACCCAACAGGACAUCUAAGCCAAACUAAGGAUCAGAGAUAAUGCAUACGUUAUACUGAUUAUUUCAGUGAAUAUUUUUGACUUUAUGGGGCCAAGAGUUCUGGUGAGGAUGUUAACUUGUCAUCUUGGGAUGAAUUAAAGAUUGUUUUUGCCUUUAUGAUGUGUUACAAUGGUAAUGCUAGAAACCACAUUUUUAUUAUAUCACGAAUUCACUCUGCUUAUGUUGUAGUGUCAAUCAGUUAUUAAAUUUUUUUUUUUUUUUUUUUUAACAAUGACUGAUCGACAUUGUCACGUCAGCAAAGUGGAAUAGUGAUGGAAUAAAAUAGUAGUUUCUAGCAUUAUUCGUGUUACAAAUACUUAGAACUAGGAGAAUUCCAUUGUGCUGGGCGGGUUAAAUAACAAGAAAUGUAAUAUUAUCAAUUGUUCAAUAAUUGUUUCACAUUGGUGGUUUAUUGACACCAGUGGUGUAAUACAAGUAUUGUCUUAAAUUC